AUGCUCUCUAGAUUAGCUCGUAACACUACUUCAGUACGUCUUUUGUCGACUAGAUCCGUUCUAGCUUCAGCAGCCGCUUCUAAAAACCAAUUACUUCUCUCUAAACAUGUUCAAGAAGUGGACCCAGAAAUCCAUCAAAUAUUGAAGGAUGAACGUCAUAGACAAAAGCAUUCAAUUACGCUAAUUCCUUCUGAAAAUUUCACUUCUAAAUCCGUGAUGGAUCUUUUAGGUUCUGAAAUGCAAAAUAAAUAUUCUGAAGGUUAUCCAGGAGAAAGGUAUUACGGUGGUAAUGAAUUCAUCGAUAAGGCUGAAUCUCUCUGUCAAAAGAGAGCACUAGAAGUAUUUGGAUUGGACCCUAAUGAAUGGGGCGUUAAUGUCCAACCAUUGAGUGGUGCACCCGCCAACUUGUACACUUAUUCAGCCAUAUUAGAGUCUGGUGAUCGUUUAAUGGGACUUGAUUUACCUGAUGGUGGCCACUUAUCUCACGGUUAUCAAACUGCCUCAGGUACCAAAAUUUCGUUCAUUUCUAAGUAUUUCCAAACUAUGCCCUACCGUGUAAAUCCUCAAACUGGAUUAAUCGAUUACGACGCUUUAGAAUCGACCUCUAAAUUAUUCAGACCUAAGGUUAUCGUUGCAGGUGCAUCUGCAUACGCUAGAGCUCUAGACUAUGAACGUUUCCGUAAAAUUGCUGAUGGUUGUGGUGCAUAUUUGAUGAGUGAUAUGGCCCACAUUUCAGGUUUAGUUGCCGCUGGCGUCACUGAAUCACCUUUCAAUUAUUCCGAUAUAGUUACUACAACUACUCACAAAUCUCUAAGAGGACCUCGUGGUGCUAUAAUCUUCUUCAGAAAAGGUAUUAGAAAAGUUACAAAGAAGGGUAAGGAAAUUCCUUACGAAUUAGAGAAAAAAAUCAAUUUUUCAGUUUUCCCAGGCCAUCAAGGUGGUCCUCAUAACCAUACCAUUUCUGCAUUGGCCGUUGCCUUAAAGCAAGCUUCUACACCAGAAUUUAAACAAUACCAAACUGAAGUGGUGGAAAACGCCCGCAUUUUAGGCGAAGAACUGACCAAACGUGGAUUCAAACUAGUCUCUGGCGGUACCGAUACUCAUUUGGUAUUGAUCGACUUAUCACAACUAAACAUCGAUGGUGCUCGUUUGGAAGCUAUUCUUGAAAGACUCAACAUUGCUGCUAACAAGAAUACAAUCCCUGGUGAUAAAUCAGCACUAUUCCCCUCUGGUCUAAGAGUGGGGACACCCGCUAUGACAACCAGAGGCUUUGGUGUAGCUGAAUUCUCAAAAGUAGCAGAAUACAUAGACACUGCUGCUAAAUUGGCAGUCGUUUUGAAAGGUGAAGAAUCCCCAGAUAACAAGGAUUCUAGAGCAAAAUUAGCCAAUUUCAAACAGUUGUGUCGCGACUCCCCUGACGUUGAAUCUCUAGCACAGGAGAUUUCUCAAUGGGUUGGUCAAUACCCAGUUCCAGGUGAAUUACAGUAG